CUGAAAAGCUUAUAUUAAAAGCUGGUCACUCACUGGUGAAAAUAACAUUUCCAGAAGAUGGUUGUGACUCCCCUGGUGAACCAUUCAGGCUUCUUUCUCCUCAGGACAGGCACCAUAGCCAGCCCAGAGUGCUCCUCUGCAAACUGCUGCCAGCAUCUAUUUCUUCCACAAAAUUGUCCAAUUUAAGCUCUUUUGGCAGUUGGUCUCAGAAGGAGCUUUCCAGCAAACCUGCUGGAGCUGCUGAGGUGAGGUAGCAGUCAGCUGUGACCUUUCAGAGAGAAGAAAUCUGUGUCCAGCUCAGAAGCAGUUGACCAGUGAGGAUGCCCCUCAUUUGAUGCUGCCAGGAAAGAAGAGUCUCAUGAUGUAACAUAAAGGCUGAGAAAAAUGGCAGGAAGCAGGACAGGGCAGCAUUCUGGUGGGAGUUUGGGAUGAGAACAGAGUGGGCAGAGCCACAUGCCUCUUCUUGCUGGGCUGCUCCAGCAGCUCCCAAGCCCCUUCCUUUUCAGGGCUACUGGCCAGCACAUUCCAUCCUCUGACACUGAAACUGCAGCUCUUAUUCUUCCACAUCUGUGAGAUCCCACUCCCCUGUAAUCCAUAUACUGGCAAAACCCAUUAGUUCUGUGUAUUUACUCCCCCUGAUCCAAUUCUUCAUUUCUAGCAGGAUACCCUGGCAUGUAUAGCCAGAGCCACUGUUGCCUUUGAAGACCAAGUGCUUUCCAGGAGAGCAGGUGACCUUCUCCUCACCUCCUCAGCCAGGCUGCUAGGGAGAGGAUGGGAAUCUCCUCUCAUGCAUCCCAAGCCCAUGCUACUCUGAGCUGGACUCAGCAUCUUGUGAUCCAAAGGAGGUAGGGGUGCCACUACAUACAGAGCAGGCCCACCUCAAACACCCCCAAAGGGUCAUGGAAAAAAAACUGGAAGCUCCCUGGGUCAUGUCUCUCCCAUGGCACCCAUGUACCCUCACACCAUCAUUCUGCUUCAGUUUGUAUUUAAACAUACCUCAGUACGAACUGUCUAAACAGUUCUCCUACACGUGGUUGUUACCAGAGAGCAGGCUGCAAUAGGUUUGUCAGCUCAGUAUCUGCUCCUGCUGACUUCACCCUUGCUCCACCAUUCCCGGCACCCAGUGGCAGCAAAGGAAGCAGUUGCAUAAGAAUGUCAGGAUUUGGUAACUGUAUCUGGUACCUUUGUAAAAGAUAUCUGUGAAAUGAGGUAAUUUAUAAAGUAAAAAGUAUAUAGAAAACGUUUGAAAUAAAGGUACAUGGCUCAUGAACUCAGGUAAUCAAAGAAAGUCAAAACCACCCUUGCAAUAUCACCCUUAACAAAAUAACCAGAAAACAGGCCUGGUGAAAACAAAGUUGUAAGAGGAAUGUAAGUCACCCAGACACACUAAAAAAUGCAAUUUGAAGCAUUGCAAUGGGCUGUAUCAGACACAACUAUCAGUCAUGAGGUUCAGAAAGGACCCUCUUGUGUUCUAAACUCUUCGGAGAGGAGUCUAGGUGCAGCUGGAUCUGGACCUAGUCCCAGAUGUGGUCAGUGCUUUAUGGCUAAAGGAUUAUAUGUGCACAAUCAAUCCUUUAUAUCACUUUGCUAAGAUUUCAAAGUUUAGCAAGUCAAUCAUUUACCAAUUAGCCCUUGGCUAUAGUUGUUAUCUGUCUCCUCUGAACCCACUUUAAGCUAGAUGAAAAUCCAGUGACCAGAUGCACCAUUAGGACCAUGACUGGUUGUUGCUUGAGCAAGGUUAUGAAGGUUAGAUUGGGGAGAAGCACACUGUCACAGCAUGCUGCUCUCUCCUCAGUGCUUGUCCAGCAUACAGCUGCCUGUUUCUUUGGAUACUGGACUCACUGGGCUGGGGCAUCCCAUCCUCUGUCCCAUAUAAUCACCUCUUUGUAACUACCUGUUUAUUUCUAUAAACCCUAGAAAGCAGAGUUUCACAUCAGACUUUUUUAUUCCCUUGGCCAAGAGGAAAUCUCUUCAAAGGGAAAGUCUAAGUAUUUCUCCAUCUCUCUGAAGGGAAAAAGAUCUUUGGAAAAAUAAGUCAAGUAAGAUGGCUUGUUACAGUUCAUCUGUUACCCCCAUAUUCUAUGCUAGUUAAUAAGUGUCAUUCUGUGAAAUAGGCUGCAAAUUGCCUGCCAGACCUUUAAAACUGAGCUUAAAUUGGGACUGUGUCCUGGAAGACAGCAGAGCUGCCACACACACUGCUGCUUUAUAAGCAGCACGGAAUUUGCAUGAGCUGGGCUGCUGGUGGAGAAAAAGGAUGCUGCCAGUUGAUUUGCCUUUCUCACAGAUGUGCUUAUCUUGGAGUAGCACCCGGGGGAGUGUGACUGCGUGGAAAAGCAGCACGUCAGAGCACAAAUAAUGUCAUGCAGCCCAAUGGCUGCACAAGAUCCCGGCUCGGAGCUCGCCUCGGGGUAUAAAGCUGGCUGAAAGAGCAAAAGUAGCAGCAAGCCAAGCGGCAGAGAAGCACGCUGAGCAUCCGGGAGCAUCCUGUUCCCGCUGCCGAGCGCGCCGGGGCUGAGCGAGGGGAGGACGGCUCUGCCAGCACACAGCCGAGCUCUGCCGUCUCACAAAUGAGCUAUUUCCAAUUCGGAGCAGCAGAGUGGCGUUUCAGAGAUGUUGUCCUGUUUCAUCUGGCUCUGCCUCCCCAACUUGGUUAACACCUUUGUAACCCCAGGAAAGUUGCCCCUCAACGGGAGCCUGGAGAAGACUUUUGUGAUCCCGAACAUCUCAGGUUUCUUUUCCUGGGAUAACGACAGCCUGGCCGAUUGGCAGAGCUUUGUGGGCAGGAGCCGGUAUGGAGCGGAGUCACAGAGCAUCACUGUGAAAGCCCUGCUUGUCGCGGCGUACUCUGUCAUCAUCAUCUUCUCCCUCUUCGGCAACGUCCUGGUCUGUCACGUUGUCAUCAAGACCAAGCGCAUGCGCUCCGCCACCAGCUUGUUCAUUGUGAACCUGGCUGUAGCCGAUAUCAUGAUCACGCUCCUCAACACACCUUUUACACUGGCUCGUUUUGUGAACAGUACCUGGAUAUUCGGGAAGGGGAUGUGCCAUGUCAGUAGGUUUGCGCAGUACUGCUCCCUCCAUGUCUCUGCCUUGACCCUCACAGCCAUUGCCGUGGACAGGCACCAGGUUAUAAUGCACCCACUGAAACCUCGCAUAUCUACUGCAAAAGGUGUUAUCUACAUCUCUAUAAUCUGGAUCAUGGCAACUUGUUUUUCCCUACCACAUGCCAUCUACCAAAAACUCUUUACCUUUGAAUACAGUGAGGAGGUUACCCGGUGCCUGUGCCUGCCAGAUUUCCCCGAGCCUGCUGACCUCUUUUGGAAGUACCUCGAUUUAACAACCUUCAUUCUGCUCUAUGUCCUGCCCCUUCUGAUCAUCUCUGCUGCCUACAUGACAGUGGCCAAGAAGCUCUGGCUGCGCAAUGUCAUCGGGGAUGUCACCACUGAGCAGUACUUUGCCCUUCGCAAGAAGAAUAAGAAGACCAUAAAGAUGCUGAUGCUUGUUGUCAUCCUCUUUGCAGUCUGCUGGUUCCCCUUGAAUUACUACGUCGUCCUCCUCUCCAGCCAGACCAUCCACACCAAUAAUGCCCUGUACUUCGCCUUUCACUGGUUCGCAAUGAGCAGCACCUGCUACAACCCCUUCAUCUACUGCUGGCUCAAUGACAGCUUCCGAUCAGAACUCAAAGCUUUGCUCAGCGUGUGCAGAAAGCCUCCCAGGCCCGCAGAACAGAGGCUUCCCUCCAUGGCCCCGUCCUACCGACUGGCUUGGCCAGAAAACGGCAACUUCAAGAGGCUGCAGGCCUCCCGUGUCCUUCCAUCAGCUUCCAACAUCCAGUCAGGAAAGACAGACAUCUCUGCAGUUGAGCCGAUAGUAGCUGUGAGCUAAACGGUGAGCCUGGGAAAUCUAUAGGGAGUGCACAUAGAUGUGGCUAGAGCUAAAAUGGUGGGAAGAUGUGGAGCCCUGGCCUACUUAAGGAGUGUGCAACCACAUGUGAUGAAACCAAGGAGGAGGUUCUGCAGGAGGUAACAUAGAAGAGCUGCAUGUUUGAUGCAGGCUGAAGAUCAUGGCAUGAAACCCCUAAAGGGGAGAAAGCAAACUCUUCCCAGGAAGGAACUCUCUUUGUCUUUUUCAAGUUGACUUUGGAGUGGCUUGCAGGAUGGGAUUCUCUGCAUGUAUGUCGCUGUUAUCUGUGUGUUUAAGCCUUUUUACCACUGGGGCUGUGUGUAUGUUUUGCUGGUACUUAAACACUAAAGCAACAGUCUAAUCACAUCAGUCCUUCCUCCUCCUUUUCUAAGUCUCUUCAUAGCAAUGUGGAGAUGGUCGAGAUGUAGAUCUUUAAGUUGCUGGCUUAGAUCCAUGCAACUGGUGUCGUGGUUUAACUGGGACAGCUGGAUAAGAAAGCAUCCCUUCUGAACUGGGGUCUGAAAAGUCAUGGUCUGUUCAGAAUGAAUGAACAGAUGUGUUUCAUAAAUCCAUUUUUUUGUGGAAAUACCCUCAGAGAAGUGGAGAGUAAGAUAGAUGUUGCUAAAUAGAGGAAUCUCUUCCAUCACAAGCACUUUUUCUAAGGUAAAGUGAAAGAAAACUAUUCUUUGCAUAAGUAGAUGGCAAACACCAACCUGUUAGCUCAGCAUCUGCCACCAGUGCUAAAUCACACAGAAUUCAGAAAGCUUUUCUUCAAAUAGAGAACUAAGCCCCAGAAAGCCACUUUGGAGAAUGCUGGACAUACCAUCCACAGUUGGACAACAGGUAGUUAUACACUACUCUGAGUUUGGACUAUGAUCAGAGCACCUUUACAUUAUUGUCAAAUGGCAGCUGAAGGAUCCCACAGUUUGACUUUUAAAUUUGCCUUUGAAUGUUACUCUUUUAUCAUGUAAAACAUCUGGGUAUUUCCCAGAUCAGUCGUUUGGGACAUUUCAUCCCUGAUAAGAUGUUUGCCUGGUGGAAUCAGUUCAUAAAUGAAUUGCUUUGGGAGAACAGAUAAUAUCUCUGAUAGCAAGUAAUAAAAGUGGAACACUUCUCUGUAAGAUAUCCUCUGGUGAUUGCACAAUUUUGAUGCAUUUAAAGAGGAGUGAGAUGUGUCCUUCUUGCGGUGGCAAAGAAAAUUCAUGUGACUGCAGCUGUCUGGAGUACUUUGCAGAACUUGAUGUUCUUAGCAGGAAAAGAUUUUGCAUAAGAAAACAACAGAAAAAAAAGGGGGCAUUUCAAAAGCUGUACCUUUUAUUGCACAGGAAAGCAAUAACUUUCCUUGUGCUUUGGAAAUCAGCUUCAAUGCCACCCCAGGGUGCCUCAUUCCAUAUUCAACUUGGAGCAGCCAGCCUUGAUGUGAGAAAAAAUUUCUUUUUAUAAAUGGAAAAGAAAGAAAGAGAUAACCUGGUUUUCCCAAUGUCUUGUAAUAAACUUCCAUUUCUGAAAUAA